CGAGGGAGAGAGAAAGAGGAAAGCAGAGACAGAGAGUUGCGCAGGACCAGUGAAGAGAGAAGCUUUUUGCUGUGAUAAGUGUUUUCAUCAAUAGACUUGUUUUUUGGCUGCUGUGUCGUGGGGAUUGCAGACAUUUUGUCAUUUGCACGCUAUCACUUUGUCUCGCACACUACUUGGAUUCUCUGCUUACUUGCAUGCAGACAGACACACACAGCAGCUGCUGUGCUAGAAUGGCAAGAUGCUGAUGCAUUGUGGCAUGUGUCUCAGGUGUGCAUGAGAUGGGGAUCAGUGUGUGCUGAUACCCAUGCACACUUUGACUUGAUGCCGAGUGCCUCUGACAGGCUACGGGACUCAUAGCCGGCCAGGCCAAGGGGCCCUCCAUGCCAUGGAAGAAUGCAAGCAGAUCAUGGCACGCCAGAAAUCUAACAGCCAGUCAGACUCACAUGACGAUGAAGUUUCUCCCCCACCACCCAACCCUGUUGUCAAGGCCCGUCGCCGCAGGGGCGGUGUCAGUGCCGAGGUUUACACCGAGGAGGACGCUGUCAGCUAUGUGCGCAAGGUGAUUCCAAAAGACUACAAGACCAUGACUGCCUUGGCCAAGGCCAUCUCCAAGAAUGUCCUCUUUGCUCACCUGGAUGACAAUGAGAGAAGUGACAUAUUUGAUGCCAUGUUCCCAGUCACCCAUAUUGCAGGGGAAACAGUUAUCCAGCAAGGUGAUGAAGGAGACAACUUCUAUGUGAUUGACCAAGGCGAAGUGGACGUGUAUGUGAAUGGUGAGUGGGUGACCAGUAUUGGAGAAGGAGGUAGUUUUGGAGAGCUGGCCCUCAUCUACGGGACUCCUAGAGCUGCCACCGUCAAGGCCAAAACAGACCUGAAACUGUGGGGCAUUGACAGAGACAGCUACCGACGCAUCCUCAUGGGCAGCACACUGAGAAAGAGAAAGAUGUAUGAAGAGUUCUUGAGCAAAGUCUCCAUUCUUGAAUCUUUGGAUAAAUGGGAGCGCCUGACUGUGGCCGAUGCCCUGGAGCCUGUUCAGUUUGAGGAUGGAGAGAAGAUAGUGGUGCAGGGAGAACCUGGUGAUGAUUUCUUCAUCAUAACAGAGGGAAUCGCCUCUGUUCUCCAGCGCAGGUCUGACAUUGAGGAGUACGUGGAGGUGGGACGCCUUGGACCUUCUGAUUAUUUUGGUGAAAUUGCCCUGCUGCUGAACCGUCCCAGGGCCGCCACCGUAGUCGCCCGGGGUCCCCUCAAGUGUGUGAAGCUGGAUCGGCCACGCUUUGAGCGCGUGCUGGGUCCUUGCUCCGAAAUCCUCAAGAGGAACAUCCAGAGAUACAACAGCUUUAUCUCUCUCACUGUGUGACAUGUGCCCCCUCCACCAUCUGGGCCCCACCAGCAGGGGUGUGCAACAUCAGCAUCAGAGUUUUGGUCAGUGGGUGGGAAAGGGGUGAGGAUGCAGGGUGAAGGAUAUGGGUUUUACAUGCCCAGAUUUGGGGCGCUCAUUUCCUGCCUUUUUCCAUUUUGCGCGUUUCUCUCUUUUGACCUUGUGCACUUUGACUUGAUUCUGUGCUGUCACGUAGCUUUAUGUCAAAAACAACAUGCAGGGGUGUUUUAAAAAAGAAAAAAAAAAAGAAAAAUCAAACAGAGGGCAGAGAUUAUUUAUCUUGUUUCAUAUUGUAAAUGAAUCAUGCAUACAGUGUGUCGGCUGUAUACGAUGCAUGCUUCAAGACUGACAGAAAAUGGCGUUUGCACUUUCAUUCGUUAACAGGAGGGUACGGAUAAUUUCAGGAAAUAAGAAGGAAGUAAAGUCAUGUUUACGUACGGCGGGGGAGGAAGACGGACCAGAUUUGGUUGCACGCUGGCUGCGGUUUGCCUUUUUUAUUUCUGGAGGUGCGUGUUUCCAUUUCUACACUGAAUCAGAUAUGCACUGCACAGAUCUCUGUUCCCUAAAAUGUAGCUGUUAAAGGUAUGAAGAAAAUUAAAUUACUUGCUGUUGUAUUCAUUUUCAACGCUUCUUGAGCUUUUACCUUUUAUUGAGUUCGGAGGCUGUUCGAGGCCUAAUUGAGUUAAAUUCUAACUUUGUUGGUAUUCUGUAUAUUUCUUUUAUCGAAACACCAAAACAAACACUGCUGAAAGUAUUGUGUGUGUAUCAAACGCAUGUAAAACCUUAGUCAUCCAAAGCACACAAAACACAGGAAAAUAACAUUUCAAGGCACACCUGUAUUCAUAUCUGUGCAAAACUGCCUCUGUGUCACCUGAUGAGUUGUCGGAUCUUUUGAUUAUUGGCGACUGAAGGCAUGUUUGGAAGCACAUUUGCCUCUGGAGCUCUCAUUCUGCAUAAGAGUAAUAAGAGACCAGUCCACUAGCUUAUCACUGUCCUCCACUGGUUUAUUCGACACCUCUACGCAGUCCGAACAAACGGUCUUCCUGCAUCUGGAAAACUCAACAUCUGAACAAGUGCAUGAACAAAAUGGGAAAAUGAGUGCUUACAAAGUUCAUUUAACAAUUCAUUCAAACAAGGUAUGAUUGUCACAAAAUCACAAAGCACACCCAGACUUACCUCAUGGCAAAGCAUCUAUGGAUGAGUGAACAAAUAUAUUUAGACCAUAGUUUGUUUAGCAACAGCUCCGUGCACUAUUGAUGGCACUUACUUUCACUGUGUUUCUGGAAAAAUUUGCUCACAACAUUUUUUUACUUAGCCUUUUCAUCAUAUCAAAAUUUUGUGUUAUUAAAUGUUAUAACUACGUUGGUUUUAGAAGUUGCAUUUCCAGUGCCAGGUAUGUGGUUCCUGGGAACAGAUGAUUUAUCGCUUUAUCCCUUCAAAUCCUCGUUUUCCUUAGUUUGUUCAUCUUGCUCAAAGGCUGAAGUGUCUUAUUAUCCGCGUGUUGUCAUGUCAUUACUUUGUCACAUACAAGCAUCAAACCUACUACAGUGGUUGUCACGAGGAACGUUUCGUCAGUUCAGCAGUGCAGCUCAGUGAUGUCCUUUAGUUUUUCAGUGAUAAUGGAGCUCGGUGGCACAGAGGAAUUAACCAAAGCUUUUGAUACACAAACAAUACUUGUUAGUGAAUCUAUUGUUGCCAAUAAAAUAAGAAAAAUGUAGGAAAUCACCAAAGUUUAUCCCCUAAGAUUUUACAAUGUGGUAUGUUGUGUCAAAAUAACUGACAAGUUGCUUUUUCCCCACCUUGAUAUUCUCAAAGCAGACAAACACAGUUAUAAACACACUAACAUGACACACACACCCACACUGUAUAUGCGUGCACUGUCUCAGGACUAAAUACAUUUUCAACACACACACACGUCUUACCUGAUGUUUUUUUUAAGCUGAUUUUGUUCAUUGUUUGCUAGAUGAAAACUUUUGCACCACUUUUAGAGUUUGUACCAUACAGCAGCUUGAUUUAGGUGUUUUUAAGACAUCAGUUCUGUCUUCUGACUGAAAAAAGUUACGAUAUAUGAAUAUAUACAAACUGUUGCUUUCCUUUGAUCUGCUGUAAUCUGUCAAAGUUGCACAACUGACCCAACAACUGAUGUUGUAAAAAAAAAAAAAAAACUUUCUGUAUUCUCUCUCUCUGUAUCUUUUUUUUUGAAACCAUCUUGAACAA